CUUCUUCCCACGCUUCGAGCUGGUGGACGUAGACUGUGGACACUGGGUCAUUAGCGAGAGGCCUGAGGAGUUCAUCAAGGCUGUCAUCGAGUUCUUGAUGGAAGACCAGUGAUUGCAACGUCACAGUGAAAUGUUUUGAUGCAUUUGGCGGCAUGUUUGGACCUCAGGAGGCGUACAUGUAGACAUCUAGAGCAGGGUGCUCCGUUCAUACCCAUAGAUCUCCUACGUCGUUCAAAAAGAGAAGAUAGAGGAGGCAUAAUCGAUGGUAAGCUCGGCUUCCUUAUCCCACGAUUGUCGAGUGUACUUGGUGCGGAACUGAGUGCAGGCCGUGGCAGACCCAGAACAGAGCUUGCGAUCAUAACAUCAUCCAGGCACAACGACCCUAAUGGUCUUACCUUUCCACAGCGCCAGUCCUUCGGUAGGACACAACUGCUCGCAUCCAUCAAACUGCUCGCAUCCAUCAAACUGCUCGCAUCCAUCAAACUGCUCGCAUCCAUCAAACCGCUCAAAGCGUACGACCCAUCUGCCGAGCCCUCCACGUCCUUUUACUCUGCAUCCCAGCAAGUAGACCGAAGAUGUUACAGAUGUACCGCAAUACCCCCUGCUGGCACUUUCAGCAUUGCCUUGCUCUUGACGCACGAACAGAUCCUCGGAAUCAACUUCGAGCCUGCACCAUAUACCACCUGCAAUCCGCCGCAGUCGAGACACGCAUGUGGUCAUCAAUUGAGGUGAAGGAGUGUGCCUGCAGACCAGGUGUGCUUGGAAAAAGGACGAGGGCAUCUGCUCAGCUCUUCGCAGCCUGCUGUCCUGUCCUGA